CAUUUUUCUGCACAGUCUAUAAGCAAAGUAGGCCACUUUUCUGUCUAUAAAUGGUCAGCACGGACCGCGGCUCCUGACUGUGCGCGUCCAGCGUUUAAACUCGUGCCAUGGGAAGCGCUGCCUCCCGCCUUCGUGCGUAAAUUAUGUAGGACAGGACGGGGAUGCUUUGUUAUACCUCCAUCUGAAAAAUCCCUGCCGGUAAAUGUGAGGGGAAGAAGAAUAUUAUAAUAAUAAGAAGAAAAAAGAAAAAAGAAUCCUCCAGAUCACCCCGGUGGUCUUUAUCCGAUCUUUGACAGACGCGGAGCGCAUCGCGACUGUCCGUGAAGCCAAGGAGGAGAAAAAGAUGGACAUCACGGAUCAGGGAGCACAAAUGGAGCCGCUUUUACCGACGGAACAAGUUUCCCAAGAAAGUAAAGAUGUGAGAACCGAUGAGGAAGCCGUGGUGGACCGUGGGGGCACGCGCUCCAUGCUCAACACCAACUUUGAGAAGGAGGAACUAGAAGGCCACCGUACUCUCUACAUCGGGGUUCAUGUUCCCCUUGGCAGGAGGUCACAUCGACGUCACCGUCACCAUGGACACAGGCACAGGAAGAGGUCCAAGGAGAGGGACUCUUCCACUGACGACGGACGGGAAUCUCCAUCACACAGAGACACUCCGGCUCAGAGGGUGCAGUUUUUGUUGGGAACCGAGGAUGGCGAUGAGGACCACAUGCCCCAUGCCCUGUUCACUGAGAUGGAUGAGAUCUGCGUCAAGGAGGGACAGGAAGCUGAAUGGAAAGAGACUGCCAGGUGGCUUAAGUUUGAGGAGGAUGUUGAGGAUGGCGGUGAGCGAUGGAGUAAGCCCUACGUCGCCACCUUGUCUCUACACAGUCUCUUUGAGCUUCGCAGCUGUAUCAUGAAUGGCAUUGUGAUGCUGGACAUGAGAGCCAACUCCCUGGAGGAGAUUGCAGAUAUGGUUCUGGAUCAGCACGAGGUGUCUGGCCCAGUAGGUGAAGAUGCCAGGAGGAGAAUCCGCGAGGCCCUGCUGAAACAGCACCACCACCAAAACCAAAAAAAGUUGGCCAAUCGCAUACCGAUUGUACGCUCCUUUGCAGAUAUCGGCAAGAAGCAGUCUGAACCUCACUCCAUGGACAAGAAUGUCCAAUUGUUCACCACUCAGUCUCAGCCAACUCUCAGUGAGGGCAAACAGGACGUGAGCCGAGAAAACAGUGCCGUUGACUUCAGUAAGAUUGACCUCCACUUCAUGAAGAAAAUCCCUCCUGGUGCCGAGGCGUCUAAUGUCCUGGUAGGGGAGCUAGAGUUCCUCGACCGCCCCGUGGUGGCCUUCAUCCGCCUUGCACCCGCUGUGAUGCUCAACGGCCUGACCGAAGUUCCCAUCACCACCAGGUUUCUUUUCAUCCUGCUUGGCCCUCUGGGAAAAGGUUCACAGUACCAUGAAAUCGGCCGGUCUAUUGCCACCCUGAUGACUGAUGAGAUUUUCCAUGAUGUGGCAUACAAAGCCAAAGAGAGGAAAGACCUGGUUUCAGGCAUUGAUGAGUUUCUGGACCAAGUGACAGUCCUACCCCCUGGGGAGUGGGACCCCACCAUUAGAAUAGAGCCUCCUAAAAAUGUACCCUCUCAGGAUAAGCGCAAGGUUCCACCUGUUCCCAACGGAGUGACAGAUCUUGGUGAGGGACACAGCGGGCACGGCGGCCCUGAGCUCCAACGCACUGGGAAGCUGUUUGGCGGCUUCAUUCUGGACAUAAAGCGAAAGGCGCCACACUAUCUUUCUGACUACACAGACGCCAUCAGCCUGCAGUGUUUGGCCUCCUUCCUCUUUUUAUACUGCGCCUGCAUGUCACCUGUUAUCACCUUUGGAGGUCUGCUCGGCGAAGCUACAGAGGGCCGUGUGAGUGCCAUUGAGUCUCUGCUGGGCGCGUCCAUGACUGGAAUAGCCUACUCUCUUUUUGCCGGCCAGCCCCUCACCAUCCUGGGCAGCACAGGUCCUGUGCUUGUGUUUGAGAAGAUCCUUUUCAAGUUUUGCAAGGAAUACGGCCUCUCCUACCUGUCCCUGAGGACCUGUAUCGGUCUGUGGACGUCCUUCUUCUGUCUAUUACUGGUGGCUACAGAUGCCAGUUCGCUAGUCUGUUACAUCACUCGCUUCACUGAAGAAGCCUUCGCUGCCCUAAUCUGUAUCAUCUUCAUUUACGAGGCCCUGGAGAAGCUGGUACACCUGGGAGUGCACUACCCCAUCAAUAAAAACAACAACCUUCAGAAACUCACACAGUACUCGUGUGCGUGCGUCGAACCCCGACACCCUAGUAAUGAGACUCUGCAGUACUGGGACGACAGAAACAUCACGGCCUCUCAUGUCAACUGGACGAUGCUGGACGUUGAUGAGUGUGAGAAGCUGCACGGGAAGUUUGAGGGCAGCGCUUGUGGUCCUCACGGCCCCUACAUCCCUGAUGUCCUCUUCUGGUGUGUGGUCCUCUUCUUUUCCACCGUCUUCAUGUCUGCCUUCCUCAAAGAGUUCAAGACCAGCCGCUACUUCCCCACCAGGGUGCGAGCCAUCAUCAGUGACUUUGCUGUUUUCAUCACCAUCCUCACCAUGGUUAUUAUAGAUUAUGCUUUAGGAAUCCCGUCACCGAAACUACAGGUCCCCAGCAAGUUCAAACCAACCAGAGAUGAUCGCGGUUGGGUUAUGAACCCUGUGGGACCAAACCCCUGGUGGACCACCAUUGUCACCUUCAUCCCAUCACUGCUCUGCACCAUCCUAAUCUUCAUGGACCAGCAGAUCACAGCUGUCAUUGUCAACAGGAAGGAGCACAAACUCAAGAAAGGCUGUGGCUAUCACCUGGACCUCUUUGUGGUGGGGGUGAUGCUGGGCGUGUGCUCUGUGAUGGGCUUGCCGUGGUUUGUUGCUGCCACAGUGCUGUCCAUUUCUCACGUGAACAGCCUGAAGCUGGAGUCGGAGUGCUCAGCCCCCGGAGAGCAGCCCAAAUUCCUGGGCAUUCGGGAACAGCGUUUCACGGGCCUCAUGAUCUUCACGCUGAUGGGCUGUUCGGUCUUCAUGACCUCUGUGCUGAAGUUUAUUCCCAUGCCAGUGCUUUAUGGAGUUUUUCUCUACAUGGGCGCUUCUUCUCUGAGAGGCAUUCAGUUCUUCGACCGCCUGAAGCUGUUUGGUAUGCCGGCCAAGCAUCAGCCGGACUUCAUCUACCUUCGCCACGUCCCUCUGAGGAAGGUGCACUUCUUCACCAUCAUCCAGCUGAGUUGCUUGGUCCUGCUGUGGGUCAUCAAAACGUCCAAAGCAGCCAUCGUCUUCCCAAUGAUGGUGUUGGCUUUGGUGUUUGUCCGUAAGCUGCUCGACUUCAUCUUCAGCAAGAGAGAGCUGAGCUGGCUGGAUGACCUGAUGCCCGAGUGGAAGAAGAAGAAACUGGAGGAUGCAGCCCAAGAGGAGGACCACAGUAUUAUUGCAGAAGAAGAAGGAAUUGUACAAGUGCCAUUGGAGGGACACUUCAAGACUGACCCUGCCACAGUGAACAUCACUGAUGAGAUGUCCAAAGGAUCAUUCGGGAAAGUGUGGGAGAGCGUCAACCCUGAGAACAUGAAGAAGGACGGCAGCUCUAAAAGCUUUCCCGGUGGCAGCGAGAAGCGACACAAGCAGCGGAGGCAUGAGAAGAGUUUGGACAGGGAGACGAGUUUGUGAUGACACAUACUGGUGAUGCCACUGUGCUGUCAAACAGUAGACAUUAAAUUUUUGUUUUGUUUUUUAAAAAACCUGUACCGUGCCACACUCAGCCACCUUGUACUGUGCUACACUGUGUUUUUGUCACGUAAGUCUGUGUGCAAGUUGUUUCAAACAAAGAAGAAAAAAAAAAAAAACUUUACAUAAUGUAUUAACACGGGGAAAAGAAACACAUUCAAAUGUUCAUUUUCUAUGUAGCUUAAUGUUUGGUGAGACCAGCAACAGGCAGAAAGCCAGAAAAUUACAGCGCAUUAACGCUGUGUCAACGGGCUAAACCACUAAAAAAACAUUUCAGAAAAAAAGUUUUUAAAUUAUCAGUAUUUUGUAUGUUUUAUAUUUUUCCAGCAAUAACAGGUUGUUAUUUUAAGAAAACCUACUACAUCAAACCACAAAUAUGUGGACAGCAUUUAAUGCUAUUGACACCUGACUUCAGAAAAUGUAGGUUCAAGAAGAUAUUGGCCAGCGAAAAAGUUAGCAAAUUUACUACAUUUUUUUUCAAAAGUAAUAUAUAUAUAUAUAUAUAUUUUAUAUAUUCCUUAAAUGUAAAUGUCUUGUGAUAAUUACAGCUCAUAUCAAUGCAGAUUUAUUUCGAUUUUACAUUUAAGUGUUUUGCUUGUUUUAUUUUUUGGAAAUGGCAGUUUCUUGCUUGCAUGGCAGCAUAGCUCAGUAUCUCUCGCUACACAGCCUUGGCUUUUUAAAAAAAACAAACAAAUUUGCUAACGCUGAGCUGCAAGGUGCAGAAAGCUCUGUGUGUGUGCGUAUGCGUGUGUGUGUUUGUUUCCCUACACGCAUACUCUGUCGUCUUGUCAGUACGUGUCAUCUCUGGACAUGUGAUCUCGCAUCGGGAAGCUAAUUGUUCUAAACCUACCUGCACUGUCUCGCUGCAGUGACCAGUUACUUCUAGAGAUGCAAUAAAACCUUUUUUUUCUGGGAAGGGCAACAUGUAAUAAAUGUUAAAGAGUCUUAACAAUGUAUGAUACAUAGUAUAUUUUAUUCAUGUAAAAUGUUAUUAAAAUAUUACUAACAAGAACUCAGUAUUAAAUGACAGGAUUUUGUUGUAGAUGUUCUUUCCCCUCCAUUGUCUACUUGAUGGCUCUUAGUUGAUUAGAUUAAAUAAUCAUUGGUCAAAAUUAUAUGAUUAUCAAAUAUUUUGACCACUUGUGUCUGGAUUUCUGCCUUAAAUUUGCUAGUGAUAGCCGUAUACGUUUAUUUAUUAAUUUAACUCAUCUGUAUAGAAAACUGUCAAUCAGUUCA